AUGAGCCGCUCAAACGUGCAGCAGCUGCAGCAGCAGCACGGGUCUGCAACAGACCCUUUGCAGCUGCGUCUGCAUUAUAUGAAUCACCGACAUAACUGUAAAUUAAUUGAACGCAUGCGGAUCCAAGCAAACAGCAAACUGCUGCAGCAAAAUCUGCAGCAGCAACUUGCUGCCAGCAGGGACCCAAGGAAGCAGCAGCAGCAGCUGCAGCAGCAGCAGCAGCAACAACAAAUCCUUAAACGCAUUCACGCCCUCGACGAGCAACAGCUGCUGCAGCACCAGCAGCAUCAGCAGCACCAGCAACAGCAGCACCAGCAGCAGCACCAGCAGCAGCAGCAGCAGCAGCAGCAGCAGCAGCAGCAGCAGCAAGAGGUAGAGGAUUGUUUGCGUGCAUUAAGAGCAGCAGACGAAGACGAAGCAAGAUUAGGAGUUAUUUGUGAAGUAAAAAGAAAGAGCAGCAUAACAGCAAAAGGAGACAGCAAAAGAUUAUCUUAUCAGAGCCCAGUUCAUGUUGCUGCUGCUCUAACUGAAGCCGGGGCUGACGUGUUAUUAGUAGCGACAGACGAAGAGGCGUGGGGUUCUUCUUUAGCAGAGUUCGUCGAAAUAAAAAAAUAUAUUCAUUUAAAUUACUCUUUUAAAGACAGACCGGCAUUAGUUGUCAAAGAUAUUAUCAUACACCCUAUUCAGAUAGCUGCUGCAGCAGAGGCUGGGGCUGACGGUGUAUAUUUAAUGUACAGUGUAUGCGGCGGGGUUCUUGAAGAUUUGCUGUUUGCUGCAUGCACAUGCGGAAUAGAAGCAGCAGUUGAAGUUAAUUCUGCUGCUGAAGCAGCAGCAGCUGCUGCAGCAGGAGCUACUCUACUCGUGGCAAACGAGCGAGACAGGCUGACGGGUUUAUUAUUUUCAGGUGUAUCGGCAGAUGAGGAUGCUCUAGAUUUAAUACGCGCAGCAAAAGAAAUGCGUGUGGGGCCCCGCCACCUCGUUCAUUUCUUUGCUGGUGCUGAAGCAGCAGCAGCAGCAGCAGCAAAACAAAAGCAAGAAGAAGAGGAAUGCAGGAGGGAGCGUCGCGCUGCUGCUGCUGCUGCUGCUGCUGCUGCUGCUGCUGCUGGAGGGACAACAGCAGCAGGAACAGCAGCAGCAGCAGAAGCAGUAGAGACAAAAGAUAAGCAGACUGAGACUCUAAACAAGGAGGAUACAACUUCACUGUCUCCUCCAACUGCUGCUGCUGCUGCUGCUAGCUGCUGCGCUGUCCCCUUACAGCAGCAGCAGCAAAAUAGACAGGUAGAAGAGACACCCUUCCCGCUGCCGCUGGAGUCAGGUGAGAGUUUUGCUGCAGCUGCUGCACAGGAGGCCUACUGCAACAGCAGCAACAGAAGCAGCAGCAGCAGCACCAACAACAACAACAACAGCAGCAGCAGCAACCCUAUCAUCAGCGGCAACAGAAACGACACCAGCAGCAGUAGCAACAGCAGCAACACCCGCACCAGCAGCAACAGCAGCAGCAGCAGCAGCAGCAGGGAGUUUGCUGCUGAUGCUGUUAGUUCUUCAAGGCCUCUUAAGGAGGAAGACGAGGUUGCUUCGAUAGAAAAAUCUCUCGUAACUCAAGUGCUGCGCAAGGGCACGGUAGGAGCAGCAAAACCUGCUGCUGCUGCUGCUGCUGCUGCUGCUGCUGCUAAGGACAGCGCUGGAACCCCACAGGGCCUUCGUGUUUAUCAUUCGGAUAUCAUCGACUCCACAGGCGCUGUGCUGCAGCAGCAGCAACCAACCAGCAUCAGCAGCAGCAGCAGCAGCAGCACGGAUGAGCAGGACGAUGCAGCACUGCAGGCGGUGUGUUUAGAUUUGCUGAAGGCAGCAGCAGAAGAGACAGAGACAGAGACAGAGACAGAGACAGCAUACACACGUCCUCUCAAAGAGGAGACACUUGCUGUCCCCUCAAUUCCUGCUGCUGCAGACACCUUGACCGGCCUCCAACAGCCACAGCAGCAGCAGCAGCAGCAGCAGCAGCAGCAGAGGGAGAGGGGACGGGGGGGCUUGCUGCUGCCGCGCAAGGUGUAUGCAGUGGAGGAGACAGGAGAUGUGUCUGCUGCUGUCGUUGACCCUCUAGCGGAGACACAGCAGCAGCAGCAGCAGCAGCAACAGCAGCAGCAGCAGCAGCAGCAGCAGCAGCAGCCUGAAUGGUCUCAAGCAGAGGUGGAGAGUUGGUUAAGUUCUGCAGCACUGAGGCAAACAAUUAAAUAUUUUUUAAAUGAAGAAGAAGAAAAGGUAUUCUACUCUAAACUGCGAGACAAAGCAAACAGUAUGUGGGGACUGCAGCAGCAGCAGCAGCAGCAGCAACAGCAGCAGAAACAGCAGCAGCAGCAGCAGCAACAACAGCAGCAGCAGCAGCAACAGCAGCAGCAGCAACAGGAACAGCAGCAGCAGCAACAGGAACAGCAGCAGCAGCAGCAGCAGUACCAAGAAAGGAGAGAGCAAGCACACAAAGGAGACACCUCAAUGCCCCAGAGCAGCAGCAACAAGACAGAAACAGCAACAGAGACAGACGCAAAAAUAACAGAGACAGAAAAGGAGACAGAGAAGAAAGAGACAGAGAUAAAUAAAACAGAGACAAACACCCAAACAGCCGCUGCAGCAGCACUUCAAGAGCCGACCUUGAUCACUAGCAGCAGCAACAGCAGCAGCAACAGCAACAACGGGAGCAGCAGCAGCAGCAGUGGCGGCAGCAGCGGGAGCAGCACCAGCACCAGCACCAGCAACAGCAACAGCAACAGCAACAGCAGCAGCAGCAGCAGCACCAGUACCAGUAACAGCAACAGCAGCAGCAGCAGCACCAGUACCAGCAACAGCAGCAGCAGCAGCAGCAGCAGCAGCAGCAGCAGCAGGGUUUCUGGGGGCUCUGUUUCUAAUUUUUCUGUGUCUCUGUCUCCUCAGUCGUACAAAGAUUGGCUGUUAGGAGAUCGGGGGGUCGGCUCUGAAGGAGACACCAGCGAGGAGACAGCAGAAAUUGUCUCUUCUCGUGUGGGCUGCCUUGGCAGCAGCAGGCCCCUGUUGUCUGCUGCAGAUCAAAUGCUGCCCUAUAUACAGUACUUCCAGCAGCAGCAACAGCAGCAGCAGCAGCAGCACAUGCAACAGCAGCAAACGCAGCAGCAGGAGAUGCAGCAGCAGCAGCAGCAGCAGAUGAUGAUGCACCAAGAUGAGCCCCAGCUCCAGCAUGAGCUGCAGCAAGAGCUUCAGCAGGUGCUGCAGCAGCAGCAGCAGCAGCAACAACAACAACAGCAGCAAGAAGACUUGCUUCUUGCUGGAAAGUAUGACUUAAAUGAAGAGACACUUAAAAGUUUGCUGCCUCCACCCGAAGGGCCCCACAGCAACGCCGCUGUUGAUAGCUGGGCCGGCUCAGGGGGGAUAGAAAUAAAAGGAGACACCUGA